AGGACGGGGUUUAAGAGGAGCCGCAGCGGUACGAGGCACUAGUCGCCGGUGGAGCUCAAAGCAGUAGCAAGCGUGUGAGGCCAGGUGUGAGCGGCCGCAACCUCCUUUUAUCUACUUGCAAUGGCUUUACCGGUGACGCGUCGCGCCCCUGUCACUAGAGGGGUGGAAAAUGCUCUGGUUGACCUCAAGAGUAAAGGUAAAACUCGCCUUCCUGGCAGAAGGGCUGCUUUGGAAGAAAUAGGGAAUAAAGUUACGACAAGAGGAACACGCAUAGCUAAGAAAACGGAAUGCUGCAAACCAUCCAUAAAGCCUACAAAAGGACCCAAUAAGGUGACAAAUGCAACUGUACUGCCUAAAUCUCCAGCUGCUGUGAAUCAAGCUUUGAAAGAAACUGAUGUUCCAAAGGUUCUGUCUCCUGUCCCUAUGGAUGUGUCUAUGCAAGAGGAGGAUUUGUGCCAAGCCUUCUCUGAUGUGUUGCUCAACAAUGUAGAAGACAUUGAUGCUGAGGACUGUGGGGAUCCCCAGCUUUGUAGUGACUACGUAAAAGAUAUCUAUGAGUACCUGAGAGAGCUCGAGCUGCAGCAAUCGGUCCGCCCACGUUACCUUGAUGGGAAGACGAUCAAUGGGCGUAUGCGUUCCAUUUUGGUUGACUGGCUUGUCCAGGUCCACUCAAGAUUCCACCUUUUGCAGGAAACCCUGUAUAUGUGUGUUGCAGUUGUGGAUCGCUUCUUACAAAGUCAUCCAGUGCCUCGGAAGAGUCUUCAGCUGGUGGGUGUAACAGCAAUGCUUCUAGCCUCAAAAUAUGAAGAGAUGUUCUCUCCUGAUAUAGGAGACUUUGUUUACAUUACUGACAAUACCUACACCAGUAAUGAAAUCAGAGAAAUGGAGAUCGUGAUUCUUCAAGAGUUAAACUUCAAUCUGGGACGACCUCUUCCAAUUCAUUUCUUGAGAAGAGCGUCAAAAGCCGGGGAGGCUGACGCUAAGCAACAUACACUAGCAAAAUACCUAAUGGAGCUGACGCUGGUAGACUAUGACAUGGUGCACCAUCGCCCUUCAGAGAUUGCAGCUGCUGCGUUAUGCUUGUCCCAGAAGCUUCUGGGACAUAACAAAUGGGAUGCAAAGCAGGAGUACUACACUGGGUAUACAGAAGAGAGUCUUGAGAUGACUAUGAAACAUAUGGCCAAGAAUGUUUUCAAAGUAAAUGAGAACUUAACUAAAUACACUGCUACAAAGAACAAGUAUGCAAGUAGCAAACUACUGAUGAUAAGCACAAUCCCUCAACUGAAGAGCAAGAUAAUCAAGGACAUGGCUUUACCACUCUUGGGAUAACCCUAGGCAGCAAAGUUCUGUUGAUGUAUGCACUUUGUCUUUAUCAGCCUGUUGAGGCAAAACUACUGCUCCUUGUACAUAGCAUUCCAGCUGUACCAGAGACAUUUCAGGUUUGGAAAGUGAAAUUUUAAAUUUUCUUUGUAAUACAGCUCUCUGCCUAGAAAUAAAGCUUCUCUUUUAUGAAAAA